AUGAAUACGGUAGUAUAGGAAAAUACUAAGGAUUAAAAAAACCAUGAAGACCUGUUAAAACAUUUGGUUAUUUAAUCUAAAAAUGAUCUGUUAAAUUUGGAAAAAAAAAACUGCUUUUUAUAAUAAAUAUUUCAAAAAAAUAAAUUUGAUUAGAUAUUAAAACCAAAUCUACUUAAAGCUGAUUACUGGAUCAAAAUAUUUUAUAUUUUAUAAGAGAGGACUAAAAAAAAUAUAAAAUAGCCAGUUUUGAUUUAUUAAGGUACAAGAGAUGGAUUAAAUAAUUAAUAAUAUUGGAAGAAAGUAAAUGGUAAAGAGAACUUACUUAUGGUAUUUAAAUCGAAAAGUGAUUAUAUCUUUGGAGCAUACUCUCCUUGUAAAUGGGAAUCAUGUAAUGGUAAAUAUAUAGAAGAUAAUACAUUAUCAUCUUUUAUAUUUUCAUAAACUCAUGAUUAAGUUUAUCCUUUGAAGUAAGAUUAAAAAUAAUAUGCUAUUUAUUGUUAUUCAGGUAAUGGACCUAGAUUUGGAUAAGGAUAUGAUAUUUAUAUAUAAGGUGAUUUUAAUGAUGGUAAUUCUAGAUUAGGUUGUUCAUAUUAAUUUAAUUAAUAUAAGGGUGGUAAUGAUGAUCCAUAUUUAUUUGGAUAAAACAAGCCAGAGAUAAAAGAAUGUGAGAUAUAUGAAUUAUAGUUUGUUUGA